GGCCAAUCACGGGAGGGCAGGAGGUUGACUGGGUCGCCGCUGGCUCCUGGGAUAUGGAGUCGCCGGCGCGGCGUGUGUGGAGGUGGCGGAGCCGAAUCCUAUUCUAAGAGCACAGACCCUCAGGUAUCUACCAUGGUGUUGGAUCCUAAAGAAAAGAUGCCAGACGAUGGCGCUUCUGGGGACCAUGGAGACUCUGCCAGCCUUGGCGCCAUCAACCCUGCCUACAGCAACUCAUCCCUCCCACAUUCCACUGGAGACUCUGAGGAGCCCUUCACCACCUACUUUGAUGAGAAAAUCCCCAUUCCUGAGGAGGAGUACUCUUGUUUUAGCUUUCGUAAACUCUGGGCGUUCACGGGGCCUGGCUUUCUUAUGAGCAUUGCCUACCUAGACCCAGGAAACAUCGAAUCUGAUUUGCAGUCUGGAGCAGUGGCUGGAUUUAAGCUGCUCUGGGUGCUCCUCUUGGCCACCAUUGUGGGGCUGCUGCUCCAGCGCCUUGCAGCGAGACUUGGAGUGGUCACCGGCUUGCAUCUUGCUGAAGUAUGUCACCGUCAGUAUCCCAAGGUCCCACGGAUCAUCCUGUGGCUGAUGGUGGAGUUGGCAAUCAUUGGUUCUGACAUGCAGGAAGUCAUUGGCUCAGCCAUCGCCAUCAAUCUCCUGUCUGCAGGAAGGGUCCCCCUGUGGGGCGGAGUCCUCAUCACCAUCGCAGACACUUUUGUGUUUCUUUUUUUGGACAAAUAUGGCUUGCGGAAGCUGGAAGCGUUUUUUGGCUUUCUCAUCACUAUCAUGGCCCUCACGUUUGGAUAUGAGUACAUUACAGUGAAGCCCAGCCAGAGCCAAGUACUCAGGGGCAUGUUCGUGCCGUCCUGUCCAGGGUGCCGCACCCCUCAGGUGGAGCAGGCGGUGGGCAUCGUGGGAGCUGUGAUCAUGCCGCACAACAUGUACCUGCAUUCUGCCUUAGUCAAGUCUAGACAGGUGAAUCGGGCCAAUAAGCAGGAAGUGCGGGAAGCCAAUAAGUACUUCUUCAUCGAGUCCUGCAUCGCGCUCUUUGUUUCCUUCAUCAUCAAUGUCUUUGUCGUGUCCGUCUUUGCUGAAGCAUUUUUUGAGAAAACCAACAAGCAGGUGGUUGAAGUCUGCAAAAAUAACAGCAGCCCCCAUGCUGACCUCUUUCCCAGUGACAACUCUACUCUGGCUGUGGACAUCUACAAAGGGGGUGUUGUGCUUGGAUGUUACUUCGGGCCUGCAGCUCUCUACAUCUGGGCAGUGGGGAUCCUGGCUGCCGGUCAGAGCUCCACCAUGACUGGAACCUAUUCUGGCCAGUUUGUCAUGGAGGGAUUCCUGAACCUAAAAUGGUCGCGCUUUGCCCGAGUGAUCCUGACCCGGUCUAUCGCCAUCAUCCCCACCCUGCUCGUCGCUGUCUUCCAGGAUGUGGAGCACCUAACGGGGAUGAAUGACUUCCUGAAUGUCCUGCAGAGCUUACAGCUCCCCUUUGCUCUCAUACCCAUCCUCACGUUCACAAGCCUGCGGCCAGUGAUGAGUGAGUUUUCCAAUGGAAUAGGCUGGAGGAUUGCCGGUGGCAUCCUGGUCCUGAUCGUCUGCUCCAUCAACAUGUACUUUGUAGUGGUUUAUGUCCAGGAGCUAGGGCAUGUGGCACUCUAUGUGGUGGCUGCAGUGGUUAGCGUGGCUUAUUUGACCUUUGUGUUCUACUUGGGUUGGCAGUGUUUGAUUGCAUUGGGUCUGUCUUUCCUGGACUGUGGACGCUCGGUAAGCAUCUCGAAAGUCCUGCUGAGCGAAGAUACCAGCGGUGGCAACAUUAAGUAAACACUGGAUCAGUCUGUCUGUCUUUGCAGGGAGCCAUCAGAGCCAGUGUGUUUCUAUGGUUUACUGUGUGAACAUAGCCACAAGUAUGUGCUGUUGCACAGACUGCAUUUAGGACUCAACUGUUAGUUGGGAAACACUGAUGUGUGUGUGUGUGUGUGUGUAUAUGUGUGUGUGUGUGUGUGUUAAGGUCUUUGUUUCCUUUUGUUUUUGUGAAAUAGCAUCUUGCUAUUAAAUACUAGGUUGCCUAAAACUCACUAUGUAGCUUAGGCUGUGCUCAAACCUACAGCAAUCCUUCUGACCUAAGCUCCUGAGUGCUGGGAUUCCAGGCACGUCUACCAUGCCUGGCUCUCAUGUAUGCUUAAGAUGAGUUUUGUUGGGGGUCAGGGUGGGGGGUAGGGGGUCUUACCCUGUAGCAUUAGGCAGCACCUUGAAAAGGUGGCCCUUGAGCUGUUUUAAACACUAAGUUUCUAAAUAGCUGCCCAAGGGCAGUAGCUUGUUUUUAGUCAAAAGAAACGCAACCAGACUGUCGCCAUCCUUGAAUUAUAGAAUGAGACUGCUGCCUUUGAAGUCAGGGUUUUUGUUUGGUGCAUUUUGUUUGUUUUUCAAGAGUUUUUUCGUGGCUGUCCUGGAACUUACUCUGUAGACCAGGAUGGCUUCGAACUCACAGAGAUCCUCCUGCCUCUGCCUCUGCCUCUACCUCCCGAGUGCUAGGAUUAGAGGCAGACACCUCCACUGCCCUGCUGGUUCAGGAUUUUUUUUUUUUUAUUUCUACUUCGGAAUUUCUCAGUGGAAAGAAAAAAAAGGUAGGGCAUAAGUGGUGGGUGUGGACAGAUGAUGGCUCACCUGCAGUGCAGGUUUUCCUUAAGGAAUGGAGCUUAGCAGGGAGGGCUUCAUCUUUAGCCCUGAGGUUAGUAACUUCCCUGCUAAUAUCAAGCCUUCCUGAUAUGUUGAAUCUUGAGCACACACAGUCCCUGAAUCUUUCUCUUCUGAGAGAGUGCUGCCUGCAGAAGACUGUAGCACUCGUGGACUGACUUUUAUGAGGCUCUGGACUCGGAACGAGUCACAGAGCUAACUGCACUACUCCCAAAAGUACCCUUCACCAAAUCAUGUCUCUGGCGCUGCCAUUCCACGCCCAAGAUAACUCAGAAGGCAAUCUCAGGAGCUCUGGACCCAAACCUUGCAAAGUCAGUAGGUGUCACUGGUGUGAAGUCCUCUCCCGGCAAGGUGGGCCUGGGCUGUAUCCUAACAGCCCUUCCUCGGAGAGAAAGCCUGCUGAGGCCAGACUGCGAAGCUCUGGAGUCUUCAGCACCGAACUGCUGCCCUCAGUUCAGCUACUUCUGACCUGUCACGGGGGAGACGUGAUUCUGUCACAUCAAAUGCUGUCUGUCUGCUGGAGAGGAGUGACACAAGAGUGUGUGAUCAUUGUCUUGGUGGCAGCGGGAGCUAGAGCUGCUUCGAAGGAUGUCCUCUCUGACGCUUUCCCUGUGGCGAGCGGGCCGACAAAUGGCCUUUGCUGUCUGUGCCUCUGUAGCGCUCCUGCUAGCAUUUCUCACAGUCAGAGGCUCAGCCUGCAUAGAUCUUUAUGAGGCAUACAUUAUCAAUCGCUGUGUUUCACUCACCCACAGCUAAUCCAACAAAACCAGGUCACGGGUCCCUCCCAGCAGCAUUCCCAACCUGUGGUUGCCACCCAUCUGCAACCCUAUAUUCGAAGACAUUUACCUCAUGAUUUGUAACAGUAGCAAGAUUAGUUACAAAGUAGCAAAAUUAUUAUUGGGUGUGACCCCCAGCAUGAGGAGCUGACUUAAAAGAGUGGCAGCUUCCGGAAGGUGGGGAACCCCUGCACUACAGGGUCCUCCUCCCCCCUGCCCCCCUCCCCCACUGUUCCCGAAGGCUAGAAGCUGAGCUUUUGAACCUGUGCAGUGCUUGAGGGCCAGGCUGACGGCAGCAGAAUUCCUUGCAUAGAUGCUCUAGUGAUGUCUGCAUUUGUACAGGGAUGGGGUGGGGCGAGCAGAGUGUAUCCAGAUUCGCCAUACUUAAAGAGUCCAGCCUGAAGCUGCUUGGGAUCGCGCCCAGGGCUCUGCCUCGUGUGUUCUAGGCAAGGCUCCGUUGCACAUCUCACUUCCUGCCCCAGAAUUCUGUUGUGUUAUACUUGUUUACAAUGAUAGAAGGUUUCGUUGUGUGAUACGGUCUCUUCUGACUCUCUGACUACAAUAUUUACAGUGUCAAAAGAUUAAAAAUGUUCCCUAUUCACUUGAUUGUCACUGAAAACGGUACUUCAACAGUACAGUAACCUGUAAACAUUUCACGCCCCCCACGCAACUCUGCUACCGGCAUUAUAUUUGUGAGCCAUCUUUGUGCAUUCUCUGAAUUGGUCCUUGUUCUUAUGUGACCUGAAAUAGUUGUCCCCUCAGUGCACUGGGAGCUGACAGGCCGGGGAGUAGCGGCAGCUUGUCUUGUGAGAUCCUGCCAGGUCGGCAGCAAGUGGCUUCAAGGAGGCUUUAGUGAACUUUUUACAGCUUGUGAACGUGCUGUGAUUAAACCAGAGCUUCCCGCUU